UCAAUGCUUACUUCCUAUCGGGAAUAGUAAUUGAUCAUACCCAGGAAUCUCAAGGAAUAAUAUGAUCCAAUGAGGCUAGUGGGACUCAGAGCCGCUUAUUGGUGCUUUAAGAUGCUCACUCUUGAUAAAAGUUCAGCAUUGCAAAGCCCUCCCGUCAAUCUGAGCAUGGAAUGGAGUCUCGCUAGCCGCUUUGAGCUAGACCAGGGAAGAUCUCUCUGGCUCCAAAGCCCACGAGCCUCCAGAUACUAAGCUCUCUUAUAAGAAUUAUCACCCUUCAGAGCCGCUUUACGCGUUAGCGGUAGCUAAUACACCACGCCCCAUGUUUAGCGAUAUAUGCACACCAUCGCUGGCUGGCAGAAAAUAAUCUAUACAAUAAUCGCGUCAACCCCGCCGCGAAAUGCCGGCCAGAAGAUCAACUCUGCUACAGUUGUAUUUCCACAGCAGUGAGCUUUGAAGCUUAUAACUUCCGUGCCAGUCAUGUCGACGACUGUCGCCAAGCGCAAGCGUGCAAGGAAGGCAUGCAUCCCUUGCCAUCAGCGUAAGCGAAAAUGCGACACCGUGUAUCCUUGUGGCAUGUGCACCACCUACGGAUACAGCUGCAGGUACACCGACGGCAACACCACUGGUACUACGGGCGGCGGCGUACCUAUUCCGCCUCCAGCCAAGCGCGUCAGCCUCGACAGUGAAAGUCGUCUGACGAGUCGGGCCGCCACAGACCGCAGUCCGAGCAGCCGGUCUCAUAUGGAGCGAGACCGCCGCGAAGGCGACGGCUUGUCAACCAAGAGUCCCCCCGUCGUGGCCAGUGCGUCCCCGGGCAUCUUCGACGAGCAGAAGUUCAGAUACUCCGGAGCCUCAGCGGCCAUGGCAUUCCCGCACAUCUUGGGUGUGGCUCUCGGCUCCGACAGCCCCCCAAAGAUGCGGCCGUUCGCUUACAACUUUGGCAUUCGUCCUGAGGAGGCAUCCAAUGCUCACCGCUUUCUGGGGAAUCUUAUCUCGGAGGAAGACCUUGGCUUUUUCUCGGGUACAUUCUUCUCGGUAUUGGGACCCAUCAGCGACGUGAUGGACCCAAGAAUCUACGCCCAGCGAUGUCGGGAUUAUUACCAUGGUUCAGGCAGCAACGCGGUCGCCUUUGCUGCCGUGGCCGCUGGCAUCGCUGCUCUCGGAUCGUUCCUAUCUCCCAACAGACACCCGCGGGAGUCUGACCUGGUGCAGUACACCAAAGCCAUCCUCGAUGAUCCGGCCUCCAUGCGUUUGCAUGGCAUCGACCACAUCGUGGCAUGGGGCAUGCGAGUGCUUUACCUACGGGCAACGACCCGGCCCAGCAAUGCCUGGAUCGCUUCGUGCACGCAAAUGCACCUCUGUGAAGCGAUAGGGCUACAUGAGGAAGAGAAUAUCAAGAAGAUGGCGUCCAUCGCUGGCGCCGCUGCCGUUGGACAUGAUGCGGACCGGCUGAGGAGGAUCUUCUGGAUCUCGUGGGCCGGGCAUAACAUGCUGUCCUAUGAGUACGAUCGUUCGCCUGUAGGAUUUCGGGCCGUGACUUGCCAGCCUAUCGUCUCGGUACCAGGGUCCGUUGCGGAUCAGUUCGUAAAACUGAUCCAGAUCAUCCCAUCGCCCAAUUCUCCGUUCCAGCUCGAAUUGCAGCCUCCAACUCCGAGCGAGGAGCUAUUUGAGCGUCUCAAGGCGCUGGAUGAGCUCCAAUUUGCCCAUCCGUUCCUAGUAGUGACUAAGGCGGACAUUGCGUUUUGCUUCUAUCGACGCCUUUACCAGCUCAAAAUCCGCAUACCGGACGAUAUCAUUAAACUUGUCAUUGAUAGUGGCAACGCCGCAGUGGAGGCGGCUGAGCAGCAAGCUAGCCAGGGUCGUCUGUUCUGGAAUGUCAUCGGCAGCGUCUUCCAGUAUACCUGCAUCCUGUUGGCCAUUGACACGCCGGCGGCCUCCACCCACAUUGGCACCGCAUUCAAGGGCUUGGAGAACCUUGUCCAGGCUGCCGAUACAGGACUGACGCGUGAGGCGUUGUCAGUGGCACGGCACCUACUCAGCCUUAAUAUGGCAAAGAAGCGAAAAGAACUUGCACAUCUGGAAGCUGUCGAGGCAGGCUAUGAAUUCUUUCCGGCACCGCCGGUACCCGAGGCCUACACCACGGUGCCAGACAUGGAUUGGGAGAUGGACUGGGAUCAGUUCUUCAUCGAGCCAUAUUUAUCCAUGCUCGGUCCUGACGUCCAGUUAUAG